CGAGUGCCGGAGAGCCCGCAGGAGUAGCCACCAGUGCCGCCCUGUCCACGCUUCGGCAGCCGGGACAGGGCCGCCGUCGGGGAGCCCUAGCGCACAGUCCCAAACUCAGCAUGAUGGACCUGGAGCUGCCGUCACCCGGACUGCCGUCCCAGCAGGAAAUGGAUUUGAUUGACAUACUUUGGAGGCAAGAUAUAGAUCUUGGGGUAAGUCGUGAAGUAUUUGACUUCAGUCAGCGGCGCAAGGAGUAUGAGCUGGAAAAACAGAAAAAACUUGAAAAGGAAAGACAAGAACAACUCCAAAAGGAGCAAGAGAAAGCCUUUUUCGCUCAGCUACAACUAGAUGAAGAGACAGGUGAAAUCCUCCCAAUUCAGCCAGCCCAACACAUCCAUUCGGAAACCAGUGGAUCUGCCAACUACUCUCAGGUUGCUCACAUUCCCAAACUAGAUGUUUUGUACUUCACUGACUGCAUGCAGCUUUUGGCAGAGACAUUCCCAUUUGUAGAAGACAAUGAGGUUUCCUCGGCUACAUUUCAAUCGCUUGUUCCUGAUAUUCCCAGCCAUAUUGAGCCCCCCAUCUUCAUUGCUCCUGAUCAGUCACCUGAAACUCCUGUUCUUCAAACAACUGUUGCCCAUUUAGACAAUAUGCAAGACGUUGAUCAAGUUUGGGAGGAGCUAUUAUCCAUUCCAGAAUUACAGUGUCUUAAUAUUCAAAAUGACAAGCUAGUUGAGACUAGCACUGUUCCAAGUCCAGAAACAAAACUGACAGAAAUUGACAAUUAUCAUUUCUACCCAUCGAUCCCCUCACUGGAAAAAGAAGUAGGUGAUUGCAGUCCACAUUUGCUCAAUGCUUUUGAGGAUUUCUUUGGCAGCAUCCUACCCACAGAUGACCCUGGCCAGUUGACAGUGAACUCAUUAAAUUCAAAUACAAUAAACACCGAUUUUGGUGAUGAAUUUUAUUCUGCUUUCAUAGCAGAGCCCAGCAUCAACAACAGCAUGUCCUCCUCUGCUACCUUAAGCCAACCACUUUCUGAACUUCUAAAUGGGCCCAUUGAUGUUUCUGAUCUAUCACUUUGUAAAGCUUUCAAUGAAAACCACCCUGAAAGCACAGCAGAAUUCAAUGAUUCUGACUCUGGCAUUUCAUUGAACACAAGUCCCAGCAGGGCUUCACCAGAACACUCAGUGGAGUCUUCCAUCUAUGGAGAUACACCGCUUGGCUUCAGUGAUUCUGAAAUGGAAGAGAGAGAUAGUACUCCUGAAAGUGUCCAACAGAAUGGUCCUAAAACACAGCCAGUACAGUCUUCUGGGGAUAUAGUCCAGCCCCUGUCACCAUCUCCAGGGCACAGUGCUUCAGUGCAUGAUGCACAGUGUGAAAAUGCCCCCCAAAAAGAAUUGCCUGUAAGUCCUGGUCAUCGAAAAACCCCAUUCACAAAAGACAAACAUUCAAACCGCUUGGAAGCACAUCUCACAAGAGAUGAGCUAAAGGCAAAAGCUCUCCGUAUUCCAUUCCCCGUAGAAAAAAUCAUUAACCUCCCUGUUGACGACUUCAACGAAAUGAUGUCCAAGGAGCAAUUCAAUGAAGCUCAAGUUGCAUUAAUUCGAGAUAUACGUAGGAGGGGUAAGAAUAAGGUGGCUGCUCAGAAUUGCAGAAAAAGAAAACUGGAAAAUAUAGUAGAACUAGAACAAGAUUUGGAUCAUUUAAAAGAUGAAAAAGAAAAAUUGCUCAAAGAAAAAGGAGAAAAUGACAAAAGCCUCCAUCUACUGAAAAAACAACUCAGCACCUUGUACCUUGAAGUCUUCAGCAUGCUACGAGAUGAAGCUGGACAACCGUAUUCUCCUAGUGAAUACUCCCUGCAGCAAACCAGAGAUGGCAAUGUAUUCCUUGUUCCCAAAAGUAAGAAGCCAGAUGUUAAGAAAAACUAGAUUUGGGGGGAUUUGACCUUUUCUUAGCUAGUGUUUUUAUUUUGUACUGUUAUACUAAAAGCUCCUACUGUGAUGUGAAAUGCAAGAAUAUCAUACUUUAUAAGUAAUUCUAUGCAAGAUUAUAGCCAAAACUAGUAUAAAACUUUAAAAAGCAUUAAGGUAAGAAUCAUCAGUAUGUUCAAUCAGUAGUUUCACUUUAAUGGCAAAGUUUCUUAGAACACCAUUUGGGCUAGUUUCUGUGUAAGUGUAAAUACUAGAAAAACUUAUUUAUACUGUUCUUAUCUCAUUUGUUACAUUCAUAGGUUUAUAUGAUGAUAUGACAUCUGGCUGAAAGCAAAUUGUUGCAAAACUAACCACUAUAUACUUUUUUUAAAUAAAUACUGUAUGAACAAAAAAUGGUUUUGUUUUUUUUUUUUUGAACUAUUGAAUUGUUUAACUCUGGCAAAGAAACAGUUUAAAAAGCUGGCACUAAUAAAGGGCUGUAUGACUGUU